AAUUUUAAAGAUUAACACCAAACGUGACGAAAGGGAACAGUGUUUUGUUAUUAUAUGAUUUUUCUAAAUAAAUGAUUGCUUUUUUAUUGUAGAAUUGUAAUAUACAAUCUACAAAAUCUUUCAAAAUUGUCUGAAUAAUUGUGAUAAAUAAUUGUGGUUAUUGUUUUCUAGAGACUGGAUUAUGCAGUUGUUUGUUAGUUUAUCCUAUAUGACUCUUUCUGAACAACUUCAGAAAGUAAAACAAAAAAAAAUGUAUAAAGUUAGCAAGCUAGUAGGGCUUACAAAUGGGGGAAAUGGGAACGAUCAGAUAAUACUGCAUGAAUUAUCACAUCUGCAUAAAAAAUAGCUAAAAAGAUUUUAUGGAUUUUUAUUUCUUUAAUUAGUUGGUAAAUUGUUGCUGAAUGGCAACAAUGUGCAAUAGUGGGAAGCAUCAUAUAGUCAAAAAUAGCACAAAAUGUACGAGGUUUCUAUUCCAAUUACUGCACUUUGCAGACUAUAAAUUGCAGAGGGUUUUUUUUUUUUUUUUUUUUUUUUUUUUGCCAACGAGUAAGCAUGUAAAAUUUAUAUCUUCUAGAAAGGAAUUACAGUUGUAAAAAGUAUGUGGAUGGAUUUACUCACUCAAAAUACAUACAAAAAUUACAUCCAAACAUGUUUUGGGUGAAGUAUCUUUUUAAUUCUUUCUCUUGAAUUCUUAAUUCUUUCUCUUGAAACAUGACAUUUAGAAAAUAAGGUGCAAUUUGAAUUUGAACAAUUCUUCUUACUUUGAAUGUGAAAAAUGUAAAUAUACUAUUGGAGAAGCCUAUUGUUUUUUUUGUUGUUGUUGUUGUUGUUGUUGUUGUUGUUUUGCGCUAUGUAGACCUGUUUCAGUUUAUGAAUGCACAUACCACAAUUUCAUUAUCGCAUCUUGCGGCCAUGUGGCAACAAUUACAUUUUAUCAUUUAACAGAAUACACAAAAUAUAUAAACUUGUUUAAAUGACAAUGAAUAAAUGUUAACUUAUCACAGAUAAUAUUUACAUUUUUUCCCCUUUAAGUAGUUUUGCCUAAAUAUUGGAAAUAAUCAAAUUUUGAGAGCUUUUCCGAUGAUAACCUUCACCAUGUCAUGUAUUUGCAGCAAAGUAAGCGCAAACAGCACUUCUGGGUCAUGUGACAUGACAUUUUUUUGUUAUGUCAAAGUUAAAGCCCAAUUUUUCCAGUUACAUGGAAAAAUAAUAGUUUUCUAUUAUUGCCUAUCAAAAAAAUUUGAGAUAAAUUAAUUGUUGCCACAUAGCAGCACCAUGCAGUAAACGGUUAAAUAAUCAAGAACAUCAAAAAUAACUUCUCCAUCAGCCACAUUUAAUUGAAGGAAACAACCUUCUUUCAGAACCUGCAUGGUGCAAUACAACACUGCAGUUAAACAGGACAAUAAAAUACAUAUGAAGCAGUCCAUAUGUAGUCUCAAAAAUCAGCACUGGACACAAUAAUACAAAUUAUAUGUAAUCUGUAGCAGCAGCACAGGUUAUAGUAAACCACAGUGUACAGGAGCAGCAUAAUGAUCUACACCAGCAUCCUCACAUAAUAAUUAAUAGAGGAAACACAUAACAUUAUAGAACCUGCAACAGUCUUCAGCAGAAAUGUUAAGUCCUUACUUCCUUAUUGGAGUAAGAUGUGGUUUUUAACCAGGCAGUUUUUUCCCUGACUCAAUCCCACUUAAAGAAACAGAGAUGAGACUGUGCCAGUUGGCUCCAGUGGGAGGUUGCAUUUUUAUUAUUUAUUGCACUGCUAAUAGCUAAUAUGACGCCUGAAAAAAAGAACAUAAUAUACCACCCAUCCAAUUUGACACUUUUUCCACUUUCUUAAAAUAUUGGAAUUAAUUUUAAGUACAUUAUAAAUACAAAUAAAUAAUUUACUUUAGUAAAUCGUGUGCAGCGGGAUACAUUUUGGCCAUGACUCUUUCUCAUCAGAGCUGGAAAGAUGGUACACGCCCAUGGGGAAAACAGUAGUGCUGGCUCUACAGCAAGAGACAAACAACAAGUGAGAUGAGCAACUUGUGCACCCAGGGUUCAGUGGUCUUGCAUUACAAAAAUGUAGUUUUUAUUUACAUAAAGGGCAUGUUGACUAAUUUUCACUCUCCCUGAUUCCUUUGAAAUUAAAUCCUCAUGUUUUAUUAGUAUAUAGAUGAUUCUGGAGUUCAGCAUUUGAUUUUAGUCUCCUUUUUCAGAAAAACAACCGUUAAGACCUUCUAAUAAGACCUUAAAAUGGAGUCAGCAGAGGUCCAACCAUGCUGUUCUAGAAAACCUCCACAGACAUCUGUUCCUGUUGGCUCAGAGGUAAUGAUUAUCCAUAUGUGUAAUUGCUUGAUGUGUUUCAUUUGUAAAGCUUUGAACAACAGGAUAUUGGAAGAGUAAGGGAUUACUACCAUCAAAAGAAGCACUUUCAGAUCAGAGCAUGGGUUGGAUUAAAUGCACUAAAUGGCCAAAUAUUUGUGGACACCUGUCCAUCACACCCAUAUGUUGUUCUUUCCCAAACUAUUGGCACAAUGUUGGAAGCACACGAUUGUAUAGAAUGUCUUUGUAUGCUGUAGCAUUGCAAUUUCCCUUCAUUGGAACUAAGAGGCCCAAACCUGUUCCAGCAUGAUGCCCCUGUGCACAAAGCGAGCUCCAUGAAGACAUGGUAUAUUAAGGUUGGAAGAAGGUGGAAGAACUUGAGUGCCCUGCACAGAGCCCUGACCUCAGCCCCACUGAACACCUUUGGGAUGAACUGGAACUGGAGCCUCCUCAAAUCAACAUCAGCGCCUGACCUCAGCCUCACUAAUGCUCUUGUAGCUGAAUGAACACAAAUCCCCACAGCCACGCCCCAAAAUCUAGUGGAAAGCCUUUCCAGAAGAGUGGAGCUUAUUAUAACAGAAAAACUGGAAUGGGAUGUUCAAAAAACACGUGAGUGGGAUGGUCAGGUGUCCACAAACUUUAUAGGCCUUAUUGUAUAUAUCUAUUGAAGAUCUUACUCCUUCAGUGUCUUGGUACCUCAGUGGUGGAAUGAGCUUUCUUCUUCAUUCUGAUUAGCCCUGCAUUUCCUGUUUUAUGUAUAUUAUAAUUCUCUCUUUUAUUUUUAUGCACAUAAGUUUAAAAGACUCAUCAUCACCACAGAAACAUCUGUAGCACUCAAGCUAGCGCAUUUUAGCCAGAGCACUACUGCAGUCUGUGUGACCAUUCUUCUGUUACUCACCUUCCUUCCAUGGUUUGUGGUAAUGUGCGAACAGAAACGUGUACAGUGUCUGGUGGAGAGACCUCAGGCUCUGUGGGACAAGCCACGGACCUUCAGAUGGAUAUCAAAAAGGAAGAACCUGAAUAUGAAGAGUAUGUUUGUGAAACCACGACAGGCUUUGUGGGACACAUCACACCAGUGUGUCAACACACGCAUGUAAAAAAGGAAGAACCUGAAGAAGAAGACUAUCUCUGUGAUUGGACAUCGAACUCUGUGCCCCAACCAAAUGGAGGAUUUCAAAUGAAGCAUGUAAAAGAGGAAGAGUCUGAGGAUGAAGACUACCCCCAUACAAUGGAAAUAAACACUGCCCAUGUCUUGUCCUGCUCCUGGUGUUCACUUUCUUGUACAUCUCAAAAUUACCUCCAGAAACACAUCAGAAUAUACCACUAUGAGGAAUAUGAGAGAUUAAAAUCAGAAGAGGUACUGUAUGACAAUCUGAUGCCCACAGUAAGCUCCAGCAUUCAGCAAACAGUCUCUGGUUAUACCUCAAAUCAGCGAAUGAGGAAAGGAGUCUAUCCCUGCUCACAGUGUGGGAAGAGUUUUACUGACCGGAGUAAUCUCAGACGACACCAUAGCAUUCACACAGGGGUGAAGCCACAUCACUGCUCAUGGUGUGGAAAGUGUUUUAUUCAAAGGAGAGAUCUCAAAGAACACCAGGUCAUUCACACAGGUGAGAAGUUGUAUCAGUGCUCGCAGUGCGGGAAGAGUUUUUCUCGACAGCGUGAUCUCCAAAUACACCAACGGGCUCACACAGGAGAAAAGCUGUAUCGCUGCUCAGAGUGUUCAAAAAGUUUUAAUCGGCAGAGCAACCUCAUACAACACCAGGUCAUUCACACGGGAGAGAAGCCGUAUUACUGCCCACAGUGUGGGAAGAGUUUUACUCGACAGAGUAACCUCAUACAACACCAGGUCCUUCACACAGGAGAGAAACCGUAUCACUGCUCACAGUGUGGGAAGAGUUUUAUUCACCAGAGUUAUCUCCAACGACACCAGUGUGUUCACGUGGGAGAGAAGCCGUAUCGGUGCUCACAGUGUGAGAAGAGUUUUACUCGAAAGAUUGAUGUCCAGCGACACCAGCGUCUUCACACGGGAGAGAAGCCAUAUCAGUGCUCACAGUGUGGGAAGAGUUUUACUCGACAGAGUACCCUUAAAUCACACUGGCAUGUUCACACAGGACAGAAGCCAUAUGACUGCUCAGAGUGUGGGAAGAGUUUUACUCGACAUAGUGAUCUCCAACGACAUCAACGCGUUCACACAGGAGAGAAACCGUAUUGCUGCUUACAGUGUGGGAAGGGUUUUACUCGACAUAGUACGCUUGAAGCACACCAGAUCGUUCACACAGGACAGGAGUAUGGAGUUCAAGUCAUGCCAUUAGAAAUCUGAAUUUGAAUGCUAAAAUCUGAAUUUGAAUGUUCUUAAUGAAUUUUGAACUGUUCAGGUGUGACAAAUGGAUUAAAAUUUUGUCGUAUACAUGGAAAUGUUCAUUGCAUUACUGAUGCCAGCUACACUGAAGGUAUUUCAUGUUUUCAAGCUAGCACAUUCCAUAUUCACUCUCAAAGCUGUCCAUAUGUGAGGAGGAAAGAUCUCAGUGGAGUGUAGAUCAUCUUGGCACUACAGAUGGCACAGUGCUGUGACAAAGUAUUUGCCUCCAUACUGAUUUCUUCUGUUUUUGUGUAUAUCUCAUACUAAAUAGUUUUAGAUCUUUAAACGAAAUGCAACUAGGGAUGUCACGACAACCGAUACUUCGGUACCAACAUUCUUAAAACGUGACGGUACUUGUUUUUCUGGAGUAGCGUUGGUACUGUAUCUAAUGAAGGUACAGAGGUUGCAAUUCUUCUGGACCUGAUGGGGGCAGCAAAUACACGCAAGUGUUUUAGUCAGUCCACAAGUGGUGAAGAAGAAGAACAACAACUAGAAGCACAUGGGAAAAACUACAGAAGAUGGCGACGAGUUUAGCUCCGCCCCAACUCGUUGAGAGGAAAGAUGGUAAGAGUCAAAUAUGUAAAUACUUCGCAUUCGAGGUGGAUGACAACAAACACACAAUUGAUGCUCUGAAGCCAGUGUGCAACCGAUGUUAUCGUUCAUUUCAAACAAAGCAAGGAAACACCUGGAAUUUGGUGAAGCACCUGAAAGACGGUCCCUAUAUUAUGUUUGUUUGAGGCAGCUACAUUGUGGCCGUGAAACCAGCUAACGUUAUGCUCCAUGUAAUGUUUGCGAUAGCCAGUUAUUUGUUAACGACGCUAACACAUUGCAAUGUUAUAAACUACCUCCUAAUGGACCACCAUGCAUCACCAUUCAGCCCGUGUCCUGUCAGCUAAAUGUAGCCUAAUGUCACUAAUAAUUAUUCAAAUGUUCAUGCUUUUAAUAAGUCCUUCUGGCCUCCUACCAGAUCAGUGAAUUUAAUUUAAUGCUUGCAUUCAGAGUUUAAGGUGUGUGUGUGUGUG